AGAGAGAGAGCGAGCAGUCGGGACUCACACACUCCUCCUUCAGUCCCUCCAGCCACGCACACACUGGCAGAGUCGCUGUCUGCAGUGGGUAGUACAGCACAGCUGCCUGGGGAUUUCUAAACUGCUCCGUUAAAGUCUGGGAUCGGACGGUGACCGAGAGAGAAAGGAGAGUCCUGCAACAAACAAGGCGAGACGGGACAUUUGUUUUGGUAAUUUUCUUAUUGUGUAGCCGGAGGACAGAUGAUGGAGACCAAACUCUGGAUUGCCCUUUGUGUGCUGCUGCUCAUUAACUUGGGAUCCACUGAACAAGGUGACGAUCGUGCUGAUCCCUCCUCUGCUUCAAAAAGUGCUCCUGGUGGUGAGGCGGCUCCUAAGGCUCCAGCAGCAGAGUCUGUGUCUGGUUCUAGCCCAGACCCCAUCAGCCAUGCUGUUACUGCACUUUCACCGAAUGGCUUCAACACAAAUUCAAGUUCAAGAGGCACCAACAGUUCGAGCAGCGACACAACUACAGAAGGGGAAACCAUCUCUAUGACACCCGAACCAAAGAAAGAUAAUGAUACCAACACCGUGUCUCCCUCAGAGGCUGCCAUUCCUAAAAAUAAUAGAAACCUAACAGAUCAGUCGACAUCACAGCCUCCAAUUCCUCUUUCUGGGAGCCACGCCCCCACCUCUCACAUCCACCUUACCUCCACCACUACUAGCCCCACACCCACAGCUCACACUACCCCUGCAGACAUGCUGACCACCAUACCAAUCAUAGACACAUCGCAUAAUGCUACACCUCCACUUGCUGACGCCAUUACACCAUCAAACCAGCCCACUCACCUCAAAACACACUCAUCCACUUCUGUCUCACACGUCACAACACCUGAGCCACCAAAGCCCAAAACUACCACUACCACUACCAUCGCCCAGUCCAGUUCAACAUCCAGCACCAGCUCCUCGCAAGAGCCUGAGAAUUCUGAGUCGCAGACACUCACAUCUCCACAGAACACUUCACGGCCCGACGGACAUCCUGAGACCUCCAGUGAAUCCCACCCAAAGUCCACCAUCACCCUGGCGAGCACCCCCUCCGCCCAGGCCAAAGCCCAAGCUGACACUCCCUCCCAGCUCAACGUUGGGGGUGACACGACGAUGGUCCAUGACUCUCCCACAUUAGACCCCCUACUGGCUGGCCUGGUGUCAGCCUUCAUCAUCACUGCUGUCAUCAUCACUCUGCUCCUCUUCCUCAAACUGCGCCGAAGAGACAACCGACCAGAGUUCCGCAGGCUGCAGGACCUACCUAUGGACGAUAUGAUGGAGGACACACCCUUGUCCAUGUACAGCUACUGAUGGAGGCACGACUGAAACUUUUGGCACCCAAAUACUCUCAAUGAAUCCAGGCUCAUGCCGCAGCGCUCGUCGAACCUGGUCUCUCUUCCUUAAUCUGCACCAAACCGAAAGUAUUCUGGGUAGGUGUGAGCAAAUUUCUGGAUUGCUUUCAUUUAUCUAGAUCAAGGAAAGAUCAAAGAAAGGACAUGAUUGAAGCUGCAAUGGACAAAGACAUCGCCCACGUUGGGGUCGUUUUGACUAUUUGGUGUCUGUAAUUACAAAUUAGGCCAAUGCCUCUGUUUAAUUCUGUAUGCUUAAUAUUUUUCAGCCCAUCUUUUGGGGUAUGGGAGUUGUAUAACACAUUUUGAUUUCCCUAGAGUUGAAAAGGGUAGGUGUAAAGCAGGAGGCAACAUCAUCAGUUGUAUCCAUCAUUUUGGGAGGUUCACACCUGGAUACAGACUCAGCUUGUCCUGCUGAACGUUUACCUGGGGGUACUGGUCUAAUUUCCCUGUUAUAAGUUAAUGUUAGAAAGUCUGCCAGAAAAAAAUAAAAGUCUGGCAAAAGGUCUGGCAGUCUGACUGAGAGGCCAGAGAAAAUACAUGAACAUAAACUGAUUAUAGUGUUAAAGAGGUUGCACUUUACUUUUUCAGGAGUGGAAAAAAAAAUUGACAAAUAUUUUUGUGUAUGAGAAAAGUUUUGCGUGCAUAUGUAAGUGCAGGUAUAGCAAUGUGUGCGUUUGUAGGUGUGUGAGUCUGUUAGAAAGGUGCGUGAGUCUGUUAGAAAGGUGCAUGUAUGGAUUUUUGAAGGCAUGGCAGGGGAUAUUUAAGCAUUUUCUCUUUUUUUCCAGUUUCUGUGUUGAAGGUCCUCCUGCCUUUUGGCCUGAUUUUGAUAUGUGCAGUGUGUUUUUUGUUUCUUUCCUGGGGUCUUGAGUCCAGGAGAGAGUGCCUUACACAGUAUAGGAACAGCUCUUAUUGUAUACUGUAUUUAUAUUCAAGCCAAUUAACUUCCAGAUUUACCAGUCAUUCCCAGUACUUUGUGUAAUUUCCAUUUAAACACACACUCUGGGGCCAGAUAGCUGCUCUGACUUGCCUGUGUUUGAAGAGUAGCCUUGAGCGUGUUCACCAUGAGGCACUCAUUCAUACAAUGACAGUUGCAGACUGAAAUUGGCCAGUGGCCUUUCCACACAAUGUUAGCAUUGUCUUGUGUGUUGUAAAUACUACUGAUGAUUGCAUCAUGCAAAGACAACUUUAUGAAACUCAUCUUAGUUGUUGCUUUUGCGUUCACAAACAUAUUGAAAAUGUUACAUUGACUGACCUGACAGCACCUUGUUCUCUCAGUAGGCAAGCUCACAAAUAUUCCAUUGAUUCUACUCUUAUCAGCUUCUUUGCUCUGCAAAUGUGCAGGAAAAUGUCAGUGGAAGUGAGACAUACAAGACGACAGAACAACCCACAUAGAUAGACUAAAUUGGGAACACAAGUAUUAGCUCCAAUUGAUUUCUUUGUAGCAUGAAUAACUGCAGAUGGUGACAAAUUAAAGGUAAAAUAACAUCAAAUGCUAUUGUCUUGGUAAGGCUGAUACUGGUGGGAUAGACACCUAAAGGUAUUCCUUCAUUUACUGUUUUGAACCCUAAUUUUUCCGUCCGCCACCUGUCUGUACAUCCAGUUCUAAAUUGUACACUUGAGAUGUCUGAUAUUAGUGUUAAAAAUUGUCUCAGAGUAUCCUGAAUGCAUAAUGAGGCUUUGCCGUCAGAUGUGGAUAAUAGUCCGUUGGUGUUUUAUGAUUAAAAGUAUUUUGAAAUCA